GUAAAUUUUCUUUUCAUUCUCAUUAACUUGUUGUUCUCAUAAAAUUGAUAUUCAAAGACAUGAAGACACACUACUACAAUUGCAAAACCAGAGUAUUUACAAUCAGUAAAUUUCUAUAAAUAUGUAUUAAUUAUCGCGUUUCAUAUAAAGGUAUGAACCGAACCCGUGGUGAAUUUUUUUAUCUUCGGAUAAAAGUUUAUUUUAAAAAGCACAAACUUCAAUACGCGGGAUAGGAGGUUUAACUUUGAAGAAUAUGAAAUAAUUCACAGUACUUGACUAAGACAUAAAAAAAUUGUAUGAAGGUCUUCUGACAAUUUUUUAGCUGGUAAACCAUACACUAGUCCGGGGCGACUUAAAGGAAUCAAAGGUGCAUCUGCCAAUUUCUUUAUUAUGUGGAUGAACAACUUUUCUGUAAAACAUGCUGAGAAAAUACCAAACAGUGCAAAAUUUCACCUGCCUUGCUGUUUAACCAAAUAUUCUGUUUGGGAAUUGAUGUGCACAGAUGCACAAAAGGAAACCAUUGAACCACCAAGUUAUAGUCAUUCAAUGAAAAUUUGGAGAAGUCAACUCAACCACAUUAAAAUCCCUAAGAGAACCAGGUUCAGCAAGUGCGACACAUGCAUUCAGCUUAAGGAAAGGAUCGCGGCAACAAAUGAAAAAUCAGUUAGAGAGCAAUUACAAUGGCAGCGAUCAAUCCAUUUAGAACAGCAAAAUAAGGAGCGUCAGAAAUAUUACAAGCACAUAUCAAAGGCAAAAAAUAAUCCUAACAAUUACCUUAGUAUAAUUAUGGAUGCCAUGGACCAAGAUAAAACAGCUAUUCCACGUUUGUGUGAAACACCGAAAUCAUUGGGGAAUAUUUGGAGGCUGAAAGUGAACUUAAUGGGAGCAAUUGUCCAUGGCAUUGGAGUAUACGGCUUCUUUGAUGCCUUUCAAUGGGCACAUGGAGCUUCCUACACUUUAUCAGUGCUAGUGCAUAUUCUUUCCAUGUUAGAUUUCCUGCCUGAUGUCCUUUAUCUUCAGCUCGACAACUGUCCUGGACAAAAUAAGAACAGAUAUGUACUAGGCUUUGUUGCCAAGUUGGUGGAAGCAAACAUUUUCAAGAAAGUGAAAGUUUCUUUUUUAAUGGUUGGACACACACAUGAGGAUAUAGACCAACUUUUCAGCAGGUUUUCGGUCAGAGCUUCCAGAGAAGACAUAUUUAUCCUGGAUGAUUUGAUAACAACCUUUGAAAAAUGCUACAAGCAGCUUCCAGUGACGGGAAUGAAGAUAGCCGAGGUUUAUGAUUUUCAGGAGUGGUUACAACUGAACAACAUUAAAAAUCACUCCCACCCACAUGUGUUUAAGUUUACCAAAAACGAAGAUGGAAAGGCAACAAUGAAAUAUAAAAAGUGGUCCACAGACAAGAAAUGGAUAACAAGCACAGGCAGUGACAAGUACUUACUUCAAGAUAUGGAUGAUAGUCCAAUUAACAAAAUCAAACCAAAUGUUGACAAUUUAGAUUUCGAGAGAUUGAGACACGACACAGAUCAAGUGGCAAG